AUGACCGGAAACGACAUCCAACUAAACUAUCUUUCAUUGGGAAGACGAUUAUCAAUUAUCACUAAGGCACAAUAUCGAUAUGAAGGAAUAAUUGCAGGCAUCAAUCUAAUUGAAGGUGUGUUGACUUUGCAAAAUGUACAUUUUCAUGGUAUUGAAAAUCGGAAACCUCCUGACGGUACAUAUACUAUUGGAAAUAAAGCGUCCAUAGUUGGAACAGUUUUUGAUGCAAUCGCAUUUAGAAAAUCUAAUAUUUAUCAAAUGUGGCCAUUGGAUGAUAAAAAGUCACUUCGAAAUGAAUCGCAUGAUAAAGCUGUGGUCAAAACAGCUGCAUUAGAUGACAGUCGUCGAAAGAGACGAAGACGACAGACUACUUGGUAUUAUGCUCCCACACAACACAACGGCUCAAUUAAAAAAAGUUCAUUUCGAAAUAAACACACCAAUGCAGAUUUGUCAGUUGUGAAUACACACAGAAAUUCAACAAAUCAACGUGCCAUCCGACAACCACCAACACUCGUCACAUACUCUCGUAAAGGUCGAAAUGGCCUAUCAAUACCGAAUCAAAGAGACUAUAUACCCGUCAUCCCGAUUGUCACACAUCCGCCAAAUCUAUACAACAAAUCUGCUCAUCCUUUCAACACACGAUAUUCUAACAAGAAACAAAAUCAACAUAUGCGAAUUCCAAACAACAACUACACACACCAUAUUCACAACAGCAGUGUCAAUCCAUAUGGUGGAGUGUAUAUUUAUUUACCUCCUCAAGUGCCAACAACAUUUCAACAACGAUCGUUCAACUUUGUAGCUCCUCCGGUCAGGCGGACUAAACGUCGUGUGUUCGAAAGAAGAAAGGCGACCACAAUCAAUUCCAGUGUGCAAUCUGAUCUCACUAAACCAUACGAUUUCGAAAUGGCAAAUGCUGAACUGGCAGCAGAGUUGGCCAAAAUAAAACUCAAUCCAGAUAACGAUCCACCAGUAAGUCGAGAACACUCGACAGCAAACAAGAUUGCAUCCACUCUUGUUGGUAAAGUUAUUAGUGAACGACCAAUAACGUCCACAACAACCAAUGAUGCUUCAAGACUAUCAACCAGUGUCAAUAGUCCAUCAUCUGGAGAUUCACCUACAGGAGCAGUCAGUUCCACAACUCUCAACAACAUAAACGGAAACAUCACUGAAAAUAAUAGUUCAUCUCAUCACAGUAACGGAACCCUUUCUAAAGGUGAAUACUGUGCACGAGAAAAGUGCUUUUACGAUCAGAUCAGUAGACCAGAAGCAAGACCAAGGCAAGCAGCCACAGGCAAUUACAACGUUCACAAUGAACGAAGCAAAUAUAAGAAAUCAUCGAAACAUCAUCAUGUUACUGGUACAGCAACACUUGAACGAGAAGCCAAACUAGGUGCUACAACGUUUCCUGUCAACUUUACUACUACUUCAUCAAGUAAAAGAGAACGUUUACUGAAUCAGCAGGAUACUACUUUCAAUCCUAUGCAGUUAGAAAGUAUUGUUGCGUUCAUUGAAAAAGUGUUAGUCCCGCUGGUGGCUUAUUGGUUUCUACAUCAGCCUAAAAAAACAGCACUCAACUGGAUAAAGCUAAUAAUACGAAAAUUUUUUAUUCCAGUACUUCAACGUAGUCGAUUGGCUAUUUGAUAGGAAGGAUUAUUAUGUGUGAACAACAAUGUGUUACAUAAUUGCAUUUUGCGUGACUGUGAUUUACAUUUAUUAAUUUUAACUAUUAAAGUCAUAAUAUUUCCUGUGUUGCUUCAAAUAAAUAAACAGAU